AGAUCCCACAGGAACCCGAAUGCGAAAUCCUAUGUUUUCUCGAUUUAGCAAGCAAGGCUUUAAUUCAUAUACGCCUACCCUACAUCUUCAGAAGUUUAUUUCUAGGUGAUCCCCCGGCCCCGGUGUCGCGAAUGCUUCCUCCCGUGACGUAUACCCAUAUCUACAUGUAGAAGAGCUUGGCCGCGGCAGAAAGUAGCUAGUGUAGAAAAUGAAGCGCCGCAGCGGAGAGCUGUUUUCUCCUGCGCCUCUGCCGGUGGAGCCGGGAGCUAGAGAAAGGAUGAAUUUUUCGACGCCGUAGAUAGAACAAACAGCUACUUGGCUGUGCCGAAGAUGAGUACCAUGUUCGUGGAACAAGACCACGAGCAGGGGAGCUACGCGGCUGACGGCGCGGUAGAAGAAAACCGGGAGCAGGAUGAUCGCGGUUCAGGAGAGCGGCGCAUGUUUUCAACAAGCGACCGGCCACCUUCAAAUGCGCUCGUGCUGACUUCGACGAGCUUCGAUCUGACGGUGAGUACACCAACGGAUGACAUUCGUCAAAGAGGACAACAUGACUUCGGAAAUCACACGCCGAGCCAAAAUUUUCAUUCGCCCGUCGCCGAUAUGAUCUACAGCACACCGCUACAACAGCGCUCGUCUUCUCUGCCACAGGAAAUAACCACAGCACAAGUAGUCGUCCGUCGAGGCCCACCUCCGCCUGAGCCGCUGAUUGCGGCAGAAGACCACUUGUUCACAACUCCGCCCCCUCGGGCGGUCAACAGGCGUAGUGGGAGCAGAAGUAGGCGAGCGGGAGCGCAGCAAAAGGCCGCGAGCCAGUCCCCGAGGAAGUUGAAGUUCUUCGAUCGGUUGUUUGGCAGUACUAUGAAGAAACCGCUGGAGAGCCCGCCCUCUGCCCGUACGAUGGGGAAGAUCACGUUUUCCCUGCAGCGCACAGCGAAGAGCUUGUUCGGGGUUAGUACGGGUGUGCGCCGGAAAGACUGCUUAGAAGUAGACUCUCCGGAGCGGGCCGACCAGAAUAGUAAUGGUGACAACGUAAGGGUCAGAGAAAGUCGACGUCCUCCAGGCGCAGGAGGAAGCAGGCGAAUGAGCCGACGACUGUCGAAGCAAAGGAGAAAUGCCACUGGUUCUGAAGUUGAUAACGAACGUCGGGUGGGCGAAAACGAAAUAAUAACAACGGAUCAACAGGAGGAGCAGCAGCACUGCACAACCUCCUGUGUCGCGACCACGGUUGCAGGCGCAAAGAAUAAAUUCGACUGCAAUCGUCCAUGUGUUGCGUCUUCUUGUAGUGCGGAACUACGGCUCGCUGAUAUUCCAGCAGUUACUAGGGCAAACAAGGGAAACAAGGCAGUGACGAGUCACAACUUGUCAGCACAAAAAGAAGAUCAAAAGAUAGAAGGAAACAGCGGCGUCGGAGCCCUUGAUGCCACGGCGCAUCGACCCGAGGAAAACAGCUUCGAGCGAACGCUCUCUGGACUUGCCGCAACCAGUUCCAGUUGCGAAGAAGAGGAUGACCUGCACCACGUUGAGAACAAAAAUAUGUUAUCCGCCGGCGCAGCAGAGGCUUAUGAGGACGGGAAGUACGAUUUAGAUUUUUACGACGAUGAGUCGGAGGAUUUCCUCUCUACAACCUCCGAUGAGGAAUUUAGAGACGAGGAGGUAACCAAGGGUCCGGAGAUGUGGCAGUUGCCUUUUUACCAUUUGUCGGAGUUUCUGGACUUGAAAGAUGCGAUCCACUUGGCGAUGACCUGCAAGGAGUUCUACGAGCAGAGGCGGAUUGCGCACUUGCGGUUGGCACCGAAUUUAGUUACGAAGGAUCAGUUCGACCAGUGGAUGCCGAUACAGAACCGCCAGCACGUGGUUUCCUUGUGUUUGACCAAUCUGGUGAUGGACGUCCGACCCUUCCACCAGCUCCGACACUUCAAAAUCAACCUCGACAUGAGCAAAAAGCUGCGCAAAAAUAUCCUGCCGGAGGUACUGCGGUUCUUGAUAAUUCUGAUUCGUUUUUGCGUGGAUCAUCAUGAAUGUUCUAAAAGUUGUUUUAAGUACGUUUUUCUCUUCGAUUUUUUCAUGUGCAACAAAACUACACUACCAACAGGUUACCACCGACAACCUUUUCAAGUGGCUCAACCUCAGCUUGCUAGAGGAGCUGUGUGUCGACUCGCUAACCACGCUCCCCGAUCUGACUCAUGCGUACAACCUGAAGCACUUGUUUCUCGCUUUCCGCGCCGACAACGGACGCAAGCAGAUCUCUUUCAAGUGCGGCAGCACGAAGCUGCGGAGCGUGCAGCUGGCCAGUUGCAAUCUGGGUCACGCGACCUCCAACGACUUCCCUCCGCUUUCCGCGAGCGACAUCUGCACCAUGAUUUCCCAACUGGACCACCCGGAGCGGUUGCUGCACUUGCGUCUCCGGCGGAUAAAACUUGUGGAUAACGUCAGGGAAUUGUGCGACCUGAUCUCCAGUUCCUGCCGGCAAAUUCGCAUGUUUACCUUCACGACCCAGCCCCUGGCCCUGUCCUUCCAGGACAUGCUGAGGCUCCGGCUCGGCUUAGGCCUGGUCGCCUUCUCUAUUGCAGUGAAAAGUGCCCCCCACCCCUGAAAGUGCAAAGUUUGUGAUGCGAAGUUUCCAAAUGAAAACUUUCUGUCAUGCAUGGAAGGAGUAUGGAUCUUUCUGAUGCAGAGUCUAGGCGUAUAUCGCAUCGCUUGCAUGACAAGUGCCGCUCUUUCUGGGCCCUUUUGCAAUACAAAUUUUUGCUAUUCACGAUUGAAAACCUGUGAUGCUGAUAGAUGCAAAAGCGCGAAUGUUUCAUUUGGAAAGGUUUGCAAUACAAAUGCUUUCAAGUUCGGGGGUGGGGGCAUUUUUCAUUGUAAUAUUCUCCGCCCGCGCGAACGGCGCCGCCACGUCGGACGCGUGGCCGAACUUCUGGCCCACGAUUAUGGGAUCCUCAAAUGUUACAUUCUCAACUGUUACAUGAUUUGUCAUGCAAAAUGACGAUGACCCGCCAGACGAUCAAGCUGCUUCGCAUGACAAAUUCUCGGAAGGCUAAAUAGCACUGCAAUCCGGAUCAAACCUGUAAUGCAAGACGCGCAAGGUUCUCCCUCUCACCUGUGCUAGUCUUGCAGCACAAAAUCAUGUAACAGUUGAGAAUGUAACGUUUGAGAACGCCAUAGCGAUGAAGUACUUCUGGCCACGGGGCGUCAAUAGUAUCACGCCGUUCACGGUGUUCAGUACCGAUUUUGCGUUCGACGAGCUCGGGAUCGUCGCGGAGGACGAGUGGGCGCGGAUGUCCCCGACGCAGUUGUUGCGGUAUUGCGACAUUACAGACGAAAUCAAGCGGGCCUACGCGAAAUCGUACCCAACCAGGACGUCGGUGAUUUUGGCGAAGUGUUCGAAAAUGCUGAAGAGCAUCACGCCGAAUUCCGCGCCGAGCUUGGUGCAAACACUCUCCGGUUUGUACGGAGCGGGUUCCGCGUCUAGUACAGAUCUUCAGGGUGCUGGAAGUAUUAGUGGUGGUGCUGCUGUCCUCUCGCAGGAUGGCCCGACGGUUUUAGAGAACUCUAGCAGUGCAGUGAACAGCGGCGGAAUUUUUGACACCGCCAAUCCUGUUUCUCCCGCACGGUCACCGACCGUUGCACGCAGAAGGCUACCUGUAGAUGGAGGUGGGGGUGUUGGCGCGGCGCAAGGACACCAGGCCGGCGUACAACAAGUAGACGAACAAGGCGGCGGGCUGCAACUGGUCGGAAAUAACGACAUUGCUGGGGCACAACAACUACAAGCGACCGAUCAAGACGAACCUGGCCAGGCGCGCGCCACGCGCCUCUCCUGUAUCGCAAACUGGGCGGGGAACGUGCUGCCGCGGCGAAACAGAGCUGCUACUUUAGAUCAAGGGGAGAACGUACCGAGGAACGCGGGCCCAAAUAUUCAGUCGCGAAGCACCACGAUUGAACACGAAGAGGUUCUUACCGGACUGUGGACGAGUGGUUUAAGUGAGGACUUGUACGACAACACAGGGACAAGCAGCGCAGGUUUUUUUCACCAGCUUGAAAGGACCAACAGUUCUUUCCCGCCAAAUGGUCGAGGAGCUGCGUGCAGCCCGAGUCACAUGCUGGCAGUCAACCAGGCAUCUGGAGGAAGUAGAUCUUCUGGCCACGAUCUCGACGACGUUGACGAAAACCUCAAUACGCGGUCGUGUAGACAAAGGGGAAAUAGUACCUCCGACAACGAUGCGGAGACAGAUUUUACCGUAGAGCAAAGAGACAGUAAAGAUUCCAUGAGUAGUACAACAGGUGGAAACCAACGCCCACUCUCGUUACCUUUUCCUCCCGUUCGCCUGGCGCUUUCGCUUAACGAUUUUUGGCAGGAUGAAGCGAGUUCGGGGGACGUUUUGCGCGACAUCUACCACGGUAUUCACACGCGGCCGCGGUUGCCUGAGGAGAGCGACUCGGACAUAGAAUUCCUACGGUGCAUCGAAAGCCGCACACUGCGAGAUCCACAGUUCAUCGCUGCAAGGCAGCAAAGGGCGAUUACCGACUUGAAUAGCGACGGAACUACCACUGACGGUGGAAUCGCAGCUGCCAACGAGCAAGUAGAUGAUACAACAGUAGUAGAAACAGGCCCGGUUCUUGCAGGCGGCCAAGAGGAAGAUCCAGCAGCGCAUGCCACCGAAGAACCAGCAGCAUCUCGGACGAGCGGCUCGCAGCUAAUAGACCUUCCUGCAACAACGUCAACACAGCUUCUGCAAGAGAGUGCGACUGCUGGCACUGCCCCACCACCACGUAAGGGAGGAAAGCUGCCGUGCAAUUGGUUACAGGAGGACAUAAGAGGUAGUGAAGUCUUGAUCAGUGCAGCGUCGCAUCCAUAUCUACCUAAGCACGACCACGGUAGUGGGCUUCAACAAGUAUCGUCCACUCCGUCGUCGAGCAGUAAAAAGGCCGCUUUGGCACGGGCCAUCGCGGGUACGUUUUCAGGAUCAGGUCAGGCUGUAGGAGCAGCAGGAGAGUCCUCGAGCACAACUGACAACGCCUUUUUUUCCUCCAGCAGUAGUUCUUCAAGUUCUACGGGAGCAAAUACAGAUAGCGGAAGUAGACAACUUGUUCAGGGUAGUUCUCGCAACAACCAUCAUGGCACUAAGGUUUGUGAUCGGCUGCAACGCGACGGCGAAAUACCGCAGUGCGAGUCGGAGGUAGACGGAGCUAGAAGUAGCAGUAGCAGUAGUACAACAACCCGACCUGCACGCGAUAACGUCACAAGAACGACAGCGUCGCAUGAGACUACAGAUAAUUCGAAUGAGGUCAACGAACGUACUGGAAGCAAGUACUCGUCCGUAGUUUCUCCCCACGGAGGACUUCUGCCGGGGGAUUCCGAUCCUGGAAGCACCGGCGAGCAGGGGGAGUCGUUGAUGGAACAGUUCUUCGGAGCGGCUGGACCGUUUGUCGGACAUAACUCGCAGCAACAGCCAGCAGGAGGAGCGACAUCACACUCAAGUCAGCGACCGCGAACUGCAGGCGGGUCUUCGACCAGUUCUCUGGCGGUGACAUCCAACUUAUCCUCUUCCUCGGAAAACUUCUGGUCGUCCACAAGAAGCGGCGCAGGAAGCAAAACUAACGCAACCUCUACCCCAGUGAACGCGGGUACUACUUCUUCAGCGUCUUUGCCGCGCCAGCAAACCGGGCCUAGUACCUCUACGUCUCCAGCGAGAAGAAAAAAUCGAAAACUGAGCCAGAUUCAGCCGAUGGAGCAGCUAGAAACGGAAGAGACGUAUACUACACCCACUGGCGGAUCCUCACUAGUUGUACAACCGGGGCGCAGUCCGUCGAUAGCGUCUUCCUCGAACACACCACAGGGCGGCGGCGGGGCAUUAACACUGCGCAACGACGGAGCUCCUGCAGGUUCUUCGGCAUCUGCCAGGACUCUAAUUUUCGAAUCGGGAGACGAAGAAGAGCCGAGCGAUUUUGUCUCGGUCACGAGCCGCGUUGACAACGACGCACGGUAAGAAGUGCUGCGCCAGGAUAAUGUACAAAAGUUGUUCACUCGUUUCGCGAUGGUGACGAUUUUUUAAUGUAUGUGUACUAACUACCCCAUGCGCAUUAGCAGUUGCAGUUGAAUUUACGUAUACUUCCAUGUCGACAAGUUUUUACCUAGUUCGUCUCUGUACGUCAAGACAUCUGCACAGAAAAUGUACACUUUUUUGGUCCUGAGCAUUUUUUCAAGUUGCGCCUUUUUUCUUUACUUUUUAAGCACCUCGAAUAUAAUUGGGGAAGAACGAACGCCAGAACUGUAACUGAGACCAUCAUCUUAUCAGUGCAUUUUGACACCAUGCAUAGUUUCAAUAGUUCAGUUUCAUCACAGGCUCUGAUCCCAGACGCCCGGGGCAUAACAAACUCGCUUGCAAGUAGAAUGCAAAAUACUUAUCAGCAUACACGAACAUCAUUCUCCAUUCGCUCCUUAUGAUGCUAUUGACAUAAGUCAAAGAAGUCUGUCGACUUGGACUCGGAGGCUAUGCUCGUUUGCCCUAGUCUAACAUUGUCCAUCC